AUGUUCUUGAAUUCUGUUGUUGUUUUAUUAAUACUUUUAUACAUUCCAUGUCUAUUCGGACAUCUUUGUUUAUGGCAACCGAUGCAACGUGGAAAUUUCAGUUUAAAUCCUCCGGGAUCACAUGAUUGUUAUCGGAAACAAUCUCCUUGUGGUGGAUUUAAUUCUUCUACGUCGAAACAGCGAACAAUUCUUGAAGCUGAUUCUAUGUACACUGUUCUAUUUCAGCAACAUUUGAAUCAUUAUUAUCCCGGAAAUCCUGGUCAACUUGAUAUAUCAUUUGCUGUUGGACUUGAUCCUCCCGAAGAAGAUUUUCGAAGAUUAAUGGUUUUUGAUGAUUAUAAUCCGAUGAAUCAUAACACACAAACAAAUUUUUCCAUUCGAAUUCAGUUACCUAGUGAACCAUGUGAAUUUUGCGUAUUGAGAGUUCGAUAUUUGACAAAUAAUCCUGAUGAAGAAGAUAAAGGAACAACAUUUCAUCAAUGUUCAGAUAUUCAAUUGAAAUCAACUUUAAAAAAAGUUUCUCGACCAUCGCUCAAUCAAAUUCAACCAAUUAAACAUGAAAAUGAUCCUCAUGAUUGCUGUACUUCUCCGAGUUUUCGAACACAAUUCACUCAUCGUAUUCCGGAUAUCGAUUACAUCAGUUCGGGUCUGAUUUAUUACGAUAAGCCAUCACAGCAGAUGCGUGUUACACUCUUUUCUAUGAAUAUCAGAUACGAUAUGUGGAUGAAUUUUACAUCAGGAAAACAAUACUAUUACAAUGAUAAUAACAAAACGUGUCAUUUAUUUGGAUUAGAUUAUUGGAAUGAUUGGUGUUAUGGAAAUACUUUUAAUCAAAGUGAAGAUUUUCAAAUCAGUAAUACGUCGUGUUUAAGUGGAAGAUCGCGAUAUUGUAAUCAGUGGAAGAAUGGAGAUUUCUUCUUUCAAUCAACUACAACAGGAUGUUAUCCAGCUGCACUUUAUCGAAAAUCAAAUAAUGAAAACACGAUUUAUUUUAAUCCGAAAGAUGGCCCUUUUUCACCUGAUAUAUUUCAGCCAAAUCCAAUUUGCUUGAAAUCUUCGAUUGUGGCACAUGAGCAUUAUCGAGCAAUUCGUAAAAAUAAGCCAUAG